GUAUGUAGAAACAUUAGUGCCACCAACGGCAUGGAGAAAGAAAAGAGGAAUGACAUGUCCUUCUCCAGAAAAAGGAGUUUAACUUUUGGGGCAUUUGGAGGUGUGGACAGAUUCACAUAUGGAAAUGAGAUGAGACCCGAACCUGCAGAGGACAACAUACUGGACAUCCUGGACUCUCCCACCAGUGAGAGCAAGACUUUCCUCUCUGCCAGCAGCAACCAGAGGGACACAGAGCUGUUUGAAAUCAUUGAAAAGCUGCAGGGCAGCAGGAUCAAUGAGCAGCGCUGUGAAUUCCCGCUGCCUCUGAAGUCUCAGCUUUUAACAAUAGGUGGAGAACUGCCACUCAUCCUCCCUUCAAAGCUGGGGGGGUACUGGAUAGACCCCCCACUGGAGAGGGUUGUAGAUGUGAGUCCCACCUGUUCCCACUUUGGCUUUGAUCCAGAAAGCUACGACAUUAUGGAAAGAGAUGGAGAGGCCAGGAUCUACCAUGAGUUCUUCCGCUCACGAUACCAUCAUUCAUUCACAGCAGUCGAUCCAUCUUUAGGCCCUCUGGUUCUCUCUGUAUGUCUGGAGGAAGAGGAGAAUAAGCUACGGGUGAUAUUAAGAAUGAGAGAGUGCUCUCUGCACGGAGUUUUCUCCGUGUCUCUUUUCCCCAACAUCCCAUCUGCUGUUGAAUUAGCAAAGUUGCUGUGUGAUAGAGUUACCAUCUCAAAGUUUGAAGUCGUCAGCUACCUCAAGGCUCCAGAUCUCAUAACUGCAUUUGAUGAACACAGAGUGUCUCCUAAUUUCAAGUUUGGCGUUUUGUAUCAAAAGGACGGACAGUUCACUGAGGAGGACAUACUUAGCAACAAUGAUGAAAAUGAAGAGUUUAAAGAGUUCCUGUCUAUUUUGGGGGAGACGAUUCAACUGCAAGGUUUUACUGGGUUCAGAGGAGGACUGGACGUGUGUCAUGGUCAGACAGGAAGCGAAGCAGUCUUCACUUCCUUUCGUGGAAGAGAAAUCAUGUUCCAUGUCGCAACUAAACUGCCUUUCACAGAGUGCGACCCACAGCAGUUACAAAGAAAAAGACACAUUGGUAAUGACAUCGUAGCUUUGGUCUACCAGGAAGGCCAAACUCCUUUUCUAUCUGAUGUUAUCAAGUCUCAUUUCCUGCAUUGUUUCCUGGUGAUCCGAAGGAUUCAGAAGGAGACAGGUGAAGCUGCAUACCAGGUGUCUGUCACAGCCAGAGAGGAUGUUCCCCCAUUUGGUCCAGUCCUCCCAGAUCCUCCCAUCUUUAAAGAUCAUUCUCUGCUGAGAGAAUUCCUUCUGACCAAACUCAUCAAUGCAGAGAUUUCAUGCUAUAAAGCUGAGCAGUUCAGCAGACUCGAGCUCCGCACUCGUUCAUCACUCCUUGAGAGCUUACAGACUGAACUCUCCACCCGUUCCCAGUGCAUGAUCGGUGAUCCAUCUCUGUCUGCUCUCCCUACUUCUGAGGGUGCACGGGGGGUGUCUGAGGGGAGCGGGGGAUUCAUUGAAAACUUUAAGAGGGCCAUCAGAGUGCGGAGCCACUCUUUUGAGACUCUCGGAGUACCCAGGAAGAGUGGUGGCGGUGGCUCACAGAAGCCAAAGACAGAGAAAGAUGGAGAGAGUGACAAAUCUCCAGGCCCUCAGUCUGCACUCUCUGACAGUUUGGGAUCAGCUGACCACAAAGAUCAAACAAGUCCUCAGGAGGAGACAUAAAAGAAUAAUGUUAAUCUGUAGAUUUUAGACCUUAAUAUACAUGUAGACAUUGCUAGCCUAUAUGGUUACUACUUUAUUAUCCUGAUGGAUGACUUAUAUGUAAAUAGAGUGUAAAAGUAAAUAGUAUUUCUGAUAAUAUAAAUAUUUUACUGUCAUAGCAGUGAUAUUUUAGAUUUAUAUAAAUCUUUCAAUUGUAUUUCAGUGAAAUGUACAACAUAUAAAACUGCCAAGACAGGCUUACAGAAAAGCAGUGAGAGAAGUGUUCAGUUAUUAAAAAUGACAAAUUUUAUGCUGGUGUGUUAAUAAUGUCAGGAAAACUGUUUUACUUCAAUAAUGGAUGUUGGAUCUUUAUAUACAGUAGAUCACUAAAAGUAAAAGCCUAUCAGCAGGCAAAGAGUCAGUGCCUGAGUCAUACAUGUGAAACUAAUUAGCACAAUAUGCAUAAAAUGAAGGGUGACAUGUUCAGGGAAGAUGAAUUAAAUGAUACCAGUAAAACAGCAUCUUGGAAAAUUGUUGAUUGGUGGUAAAUGAAUGUUGCAUCACAUGUAACAGCCCUGUCUGAUUUACAGUGCAGCCCCAUG